UUCCCUGCUCCGUCCCGGGGCGGACACCCCGAGGGCCCCGGGAGUUGCGCCCGAAACCCGGCCUGGCCCGGACAACACCGAGCACUUGACAGAUUUUCUCACGUGCUGCUCAACCCAAACCCUAGAUACAAUUAACAGAGGAAGAAAGAUGCCUAAGAGAUGGCGCUGCGGUCCCGCCGCGGGUAGAGCCCGCCCUAACCGCGCGGCGGGGCUCGGGCCAGCAUGGGCCGAGGGGCCGUACCCCACUGGGCUCCGGGCCAGGCAGCCCAGCCAGGCGGCGUGCGGACGCGGGCAGUCCCGAGGGCGGCCGCGCGGGGGCAGCACCCGCCCGCCUGCCACCCGGAGAUGGUCCCGGCGUGCCCCGCGUCUGGUGCGCGGAGGCGGGACUUCCGGUUCGUGGCGCCGGAGUCAAGUGGUUGCCGGAAGCGUGGUGUGGCGGCGGCACCGGUGUUGCCGGCAGAAGUCAUGGAUAUAGAUGCUGAAAGAGAAAAAAUAACAAAGGAAAUCAAGGAGUUAGAAAGGAUUUUGGAUCCCGGCUCCACAAGUAUCAAUGUGGAGGUCUCAGAAUCAAGUCUCGAAUCAGAUUCCGACGCAGAUUCGCUGCCUGAUGAGGACGUGGACACUGCUGGUCCCCACAUCUCGGAAGAAGAAAGGUGGGGUGACGGCAGCAACGAUGAGGAUGACCCCAAGGACAAAACGCUCCCUGAGGACCCAGAGACCUGCCUGCAGCUCAACAUGGUUUACCAGGAGGUGAUCCAAGAGAAGCUGGCCGAGGUCAGCUUGCUGCUGGCCCAGAACCGGGAGCAGCAGGAGGAGGUCAUGUGGGAUCUGGCGGGGUCCAAAGGUCCCAAGGUGAAGGAUGGCAAGAGCCUGCCCCCGAAUCUGUACAUUGGGCACUUCAUGAAGCCCUACUUCAAGGACAAGGUCACCGGAGUGGGGCCACCUGCCAAUGAAGAUACGCGGGAGAAGGCUGCCCAGGGCAUCAAGGCUUUCGAGGAUCUUCUGGUGACCAAAUGGAAGAACUGGGAGAAGGCUUUGCUCCGGAAGUCAGUGGUCAGCGACCGCCUGCAGCGUCUGCUUCAGCCCAAGUUACUGAAGCUCGAGUACUUAGAGCAGAAACGCAGCAGGGUGACAAGUGAGGCCGACAGGGCGGUCCUGGAGAAGCAGAGCCAGGCGGCGGACAGGGAGAUCCAGGAGAUCAACCAGCUCCCAGAGGAGGCCUUGCUGGGGAACAGGCUGGACAGCCACGACUGGGAGAAGAUUUCCAACGUCAAUUUUGAAGGUAGCCGCAGUGCACAGGAGAUCCAGAAGUUCUGGCAGAACUGGGAACACCCAAGCAUCAACAAGCAGGAGUGGAGCGGGCAGGAAGUGAGCCAGCUGAAGGCCAUCGCAGCCAAGCACGGCCACCUGGAGUGGCAGAAGGUCGCCGAGGAGCUGGGGACCGGCCGCAGCGCCUUCCAGUGCCUGCAGCAGUACCAGCAGCACAACGCGGCCCUGAAGCGCAAGGAGUGGACGGAGGAGGAGGACCGUAUGCUCAGCCAGCUGGUCCAGGAGAUGCGUGUCGGCAGCCACAUCCCCUACCGCAGAACGUUCACAGGGCCCCUCUGCCUGCAGUCGUCUACUACAUGGAAGGGCGGGACUCCAUGCAGCUCAUCUACCGCUGGACCAAGAGCUUGGACCCCGGCCUGAGAAGGGGCUGCUGGGCCCCGGAGGAGGACGCGAAGUUGCUUCAAGCCGUUGCCAAAUACGGGGAGCGGGACUGGUUUAAGAUCCGGGCAGAGGUGCCAGGGAGGAGCGAUGCCCAGUGCCGAGACCG